AUAUGAAAUGAUGCCUCAGUAAUGCCUCAGUCUUUCCCAGAUAACAUGUUCUGGCUCAUCAGCUAUUUCUUUCUUACUCUCUCAUUUACAGCCGCAGCAAACCAAAAUGUCCCGCUCCAGGUGAUUGGAUUUGAAAAACAUUCAGCCUUUUUAAAAAAUCGUAUAGAUAUGACUGUUCCUAUGGAUGAGAUACUGUGGCUGUUUAAAACCAAAGAAAAGCAAGUCAGAUUGGCGGAUUUUAGUAAACCGUACUUUGAAAUCAGGUUUCCCCAGUUUAACAACCGACUGGAACCAUUAGAUGAUGGAACAAUACGAAUCAAUGACCUGAGGAUGGAAGACAGUGGCAUCUACACAGCAGCCAUUACUUUUAUUAACCAUGAAACAAAGAGACUCACAUUUAAUCUCACUGUGUACGCAAACCAAGAUGCUCCGCUCCAGGUGAACGGACUACAAAAACAUUCAGUCUAUUUAAAAAAUCGUAUAGAUAUGACUGUUCCUAUGGAUGAGAUACAGUGGCUGUUUAAAACCAAAGAAAAGGAAGUCAGAUUGGCGGAUUUUAAGAAAACGUACUUUGAAACCAGGUUUCCUCAAUUCAACAAGCGACUGGAACCAUUAGAUGAUGGAACAAUACGAAUCAAUGACCUGAGGAUGGAAGACAGUGGCAUCUACACAGCAGCCAUUACUUUUAUUGACCAUGAAACAAAGAGACUCACAUUUAAUCUCACUGUCUAUGAGCCUGUCCCUACCCCAAACAUAUGGAUAGAAAAGAAGAAGAGGACCACCCAGUGGUGCAAUUUUACCAUUCGCUGUUCUGUCCAAAAUAACGAUUCAGCUCUGACAUUCACCUGGAUAAACAAACACAAUCAAACUGAAUAUGAAACCUUCAUCAAUGGGACAAUUUUUGUGGCAUCAGUGGAAUCCCCAACAUUGGACAAAGAAUUUCACUGUUUGCUGGGGAACCCGGUGGAUCAAAAAAACGCCUCUAUUCAUGUUCUGGAAAUCUGCCCUACUCCAGUAAACUCUCAAAGAAUGUAUUUACUAUUCAUCCCAGCCUUUAUCAUUCUAAUCUUGUUGCUCGUAUGGUUGGCAGUAGCACGAAAGAAGAGGAAAAAAAGUAUGUUUUUUGACUGCAACAGAAAAUCAGCAGACAAAACUGCAGGUGAAAGGAGGGUAAAUCAUGAACCUUCAUUGGGCUUUGAUAAUAGUAAUCCCAAUAUAACUGAACAUAUGCCUGACAACAAUUCUGAAGAAACUCAGUAUAUCCUAGUUGGAGCCUCUCCACGAAUGAGCUCCGUGAACCCAGAAGUGCAAAGUCGGUCUCUUUGUGACCCAAAGUUGAACACAUUAUACAGUGAUCUAAGAAAUCCAGUGUGUAAUUAGGGGCAGAACUAAAGAAGAUGCAGAACUCCUGGAAUAUACCAGGGACUGAGACCUGAGUUUCCCAGGCGUAGUAAAGCAACACCAAAAAAUGAAAGUGUUUUAAAGUAAUGAAAAUAUCAUGUAGUGUUGCCCUGCUCUGGUAAAACGGAUGUGUUUGCUUCAGAAACACUA